AUGCAGAAUUUCGAGUUCCUAGUGUCUGCCGCUGUUUCCAUGCUGGUCGCCACGAUGGACGUCACAGCUAGGCCAUCCGGUGCUCCUAGAUCUGCCUGCAGCACCAUGCUUCCGAGACAUGGCGUCGAGCACCAUUCUGGGAGAACUCGGUACAGAUUGACUCAGAGCGACCUCGACUUCGAGGAGGAUAGCCUUAUUGCUGUGAACCUGACAGCGAUGGGUAGGGCAACGUUCAAAGGCUUCCUGGUCAAAGCCAUCGUUGAUGGAGAAGAAGAGGGUGACUUCCUUUCAGGGGAAGACAGCCAACCCGUACGUGGCUGUCCAGGAUUCGCAACGCACGUGGACCCUCACCACAAGACGCAUGUCGCUCUUCUAUGGAACCCACCAUCAAACGAGGGCACUGUCACAUUCGUGUGA